UGCUGCAGGCGAGAGCUGACCUCGCUAGCUGACCUGCCCGGAGGCACACGACCCGCGCGUGACCUCUGUGACCUCUGCGGAGCGACCCGGCAGCGUCAGAGCGACGGAGCAGAGCGGAGACUCAGCUGGCGACCAUGUCCAUCCAGAUGCAGCUCGGAGAGGACCACGAGGUUCUGAGUCGGGACGCCUUCUGCUCGGGCUACGUGGACAGCUUCGGCAAAUGGAACAACGGCUUCCCGUGCCCGAAGCUGGAGGAGGACGCCGUGUUCUGUUGCGGCACGUUCACGUACCGCUACUGCUGCACCACCAGGGACGAGGCCGACCCCUCCACCUACAGCGACAAUAUGCCGUUGGUGAUGGGCGUCGUGUUCGGCACCAUCAUCACCGUCAUCCUCGUCAUCACGGCCAUCUGCAUCUUCUGGAAGUCCUGCCGCUCCUACAAGAAACGGAGAGCCGAUGGAGGACCCAUGUACCGGAUGCACUCGUCAUCGACGGGCAGCGGCGUGGCCAACAUGUACAGCUACUCGACGGGCUCUCUGGGGAGGCUGGACAGCCGCGGCGGGAUGCUGACGGACGACGAGGACGUGCUGCAGGAGGUGGACGAGGUGGCCGUGACGCACCCCUGCCGGGUCAGCACCAUCAGCACGGUGCCACGCAGCUUCACCUCAGACCGCUGCAACAGAGUCUCGUUCGCCGAUUCUGUGGGUAACAGCUCCAUUUCGACUGCUACCGACAACGAACGACAGCUGUUCAUCGAGCAGUCGGGCGCACCACCGCCUUACAAGCACGCCGACUACCUGGAGCCCGAGCAGCAGCGCAUCAUGACCUUUCCGCGCUCCUUCUCGGCUGGCCAGCCGCGCGAGCUCGACGUCGGGCACUACCAGGUGCCCCGCUCGCCAAACGACGAUACCCUCUACC